AUGACCAAACCAAUACACAGAAACCAGGGUCAAACCAAUACAUAUAAACCAUGGCCAAACCAAUACACAGAAACCAUGGCCAAACCAAUACACAGAAACCAUGGCCAAACCAAUACACAAAAACCAUCGCCAAACCAAUACACAGAAACCAGGGUUAAACCAAUACACAUAAACCAUGACCAAACAAAUACACAUAAACCAUGGCCAAACCAAUACACAGAAACCAUGACCAAACCAAUACACAAAAACCAUGGCCAAACCAAUACACAGAAACCAUGGCCAAACCAAUACACAGAAAACAUGGCCAGACCAAUACACAUAAACCAUGGCCAAACCAAUGCACAGAAAACAGGGCCAAACCAAUACACAUAA